AUGGCUGUAGACAUUGAGAAGACGAGCAGCAAUAGUGGCCGGGACGAGGUGAAAGUGGGUGCUGUGUCCGACACGGAGCAGUCCGCCGCCGUCCACUCCGGCGAUGGCGAAGGCGAUGAUGGCGAAGGCAAGAUCACGUUCAAGACAAAGCUGGCGAUUCUCGCCCUCAUCCUGAUGUACGAGAGCUACCUGUUCACUCUGCUCAUGCCCGCCGCCGUCUUGACCUACAUCAAUGCCGACCUCGGUCCUGACACAAGAUACCCCUGGAUCGCCAUCUGCUGGAACCUCGGAGCCUCCGUGAUUGUGACCAUUGGCGGUCGCCUCUCGGAUAUCGCGGGGCGGCGGUGGUUUCUGCUGUUCGGCGCCGUCGCAGGCGCAGUCGGGGCCCUCGUGGGUGCGACGGGCCAGAGCAUCAACCAGAUGAUUGCCAGCGGCAUCAUCUUCGGCGUCGGCGGCGGCUUCCAGGAGAUGUGCUUCGCCUGCGCCCAGGAGCUGGUCCCGAACAAGGACCGGUUCAAGACUCUGGGUGUCAUGAUCCUGGCGAACCACUUCAGCUCCUUCGCCCCCAUCAUCAGCUAUGUCUUCAUCGCAUACACCAAGCCCGGCUGGCGAGCAUGCUACUGGUGGUGCUUCGCCUGGGAGGCGACGACCGCCAUCAUGCUCUUCUUCUUCUACCACCCGCCGACGUUCAGAACCAAGCACAGCGAUGAUCAGAAGACGAAGAUGCAACUCAUCAAGGAGAUCGACUACGUAGGCCUGCUCCUGUUCACCGCCGGGUGCUUGUUCAUCCUCCUCGGCCUGAACUGGGGAGGAGGCCUGUACCCCUGGAAGAGCGCCCAUGUUAUCGCCACGAUCGUCGUCGGGUUUGUGUGCUUCGUUGCUUUGGGAUUCUGGGAGGCUUACGUGCCCCUGAAAUACCCAAUCCUGCCACCUCAUCUGUUUGUUCAAUGGCGAAAAUUCACCAGUUUCCUAGUCGUCUGCUUCGUGGCCGGCAUGCUGUAUUACAGCAUGAACGUCAUCUGGCCGCGUCAAUCCGGGCUCCUGUGGGUGCCAGCCAACAAGCCCAUCAUCCGCGGCGUAUACGCCAACCUGGUCUCAUUCGGCACCAUCAUCGCGGGUUGGUACUGCGUGGGCGUGAUGCCGUGGAUCAAGCACGAGCGGUGGCAGCUGAUCGGCAUGAUGGUGGUCCAGACGGCGCUGAUCGGCUCGCUCGCGUCCGUCGGGAUCCACGACAAGGCGCAGGCCAUCGGCACCGUCAUCGCCGUGGCGACGGUCAACCUGCCGCCGUCGCCGCUCUCCUUCGGCAUGGUCGGCCUGCACCUCGACGACCAGGCCGACAUCGGCGUCGCCGUCGGCCUCAUCAGCACCUUCCGCCUCAUCGGCGGCGCCAUCGCCACCGCCAUCUACACGUCCAUCCAGACCAGCCGCUACGCCCAGGUCAUGCCCGGCCGCGUCGCCGACGCCGCCGCCGCCGCCGGCUUCGACGGCUCCGUGCCGGCCCUGGUUGCUGCCGCGGGGGCUAACACGGCCGCCGCCUACGCCGCCGUGCAAGGUGCUACGGGCUCUGUGGUUGCUGCCGUGCAGGAGGCCGUCAAGGAGGCUAACUCGGAGGCCUACAAGCUCGUGUACCUGGUUGCCAUCGCCUUUGGCGCGCUGGCCAUCGGGGCGGCGUUUAGCACCAAGGGCGUGGAUGCGAAGUCUAGGUCGGUGCACACUGCGGCGAGGUUAGAGAAUGAAAAGGUGGAGGUAAAGGUGGUGGAUUGAUAUACUCUUGUAGAGUAGACAUACCCCUUUAGACUAGAUAUACUCUUGUAGACUAGAUGUACUCUUGUAGAGUAGACAUACCCCUUUAGACUAGAUAUACUCUUAAUAGACUAGAUAGCAUCACCAUGGGAGGCAGUUCAUGGCAAUCGCAGCCGCCCGGCUGAGGAUUAAACAAAAUCAAGCUGGGACAUCCCAGGGAU